UUCUCUCCUUCUCUCUUUUCCUCUCUCCCCUUUCAAAGAUAUCGCCUUCCUUAUUCUCCUGAUUUCAUUUUCCUUCCAGAUUCAAUUGUAAAGAUCUCAGCUUUUGUGGGAAUAAUCUAUCAAAAAAAAUUCGAAAAAACCUUGAUGCUUAAUCAGCAGUUCUUGGUGUUUGAGACACAUGUCUCCGAUUAUACUCAGUGAAAUCUUCCUCUCUGGGUUUAUGUUAAACUCUACAAUCAGGCGCAGGACCCAUCUCGUUCAAUCUUUCUCUGUUGUCUUCCUUUACUGGCUUUACUACGUCUCGUGAUUUCUGAAAUUCUCCAAUAUUAAUCUUCCAUAUAUAUAUACGCAUAAUUAAAACCCUAGUUUUUAAAAUAAAGUAAAAAAAAAUCUUUCUUUUGUUUCUUCUUCGUGUUCGUCAUCGAUCUGGGUCCUGUCCUGUUUUUAAGUUCCACUAAAAGAUCUCAUUUUUAAUAUUAUCUCUCUUCUGGUAAAAAAGGCUUCUGUGUUUGUUUGUGUGUCACUGAAUGGAAUCGUCGUCGUCGGGAACAACUUCGUCGACGAUUCAAACAUCGUCGGGAUCGGAGGAGAAUCUCAUGGAACAGAGGAAACGGAAGAGGAUGCUCUCGAACCGUGAAUCAGCGAGGAGAUCGAGGAUGAAGAAACAGAAACUCCUCGACGAUCUAACGGCUCAGGUUAAUCAGCUUAAAAAAGAGAACAGCGAGAUCGUGACAAGUGUCAGCAUCACGACGCAGCACUACCUCACCGUCGAAGCAGAGAACUCUGUUCUCCGAGCUCAGCUCGACGAACUCAGCCACAGGCUCGAAUCUCUCAACGACAUCAUCGAUUUUCUCGACAUCAACACCAACGGGAUUUGUUCAAACCCUCUGACUGGUCCAGAGACUGAUGAUUUCCUCGCGAAUCAGAUGAAUAUGAACAUGUGUUAUAUGAACCAGCCUCUCAUGGCCUCUUCUGAUGCGUUACUGUAUUAGAAAUGUGGACCUCAAGAACCUCGAAAUCACAAAAAUGGUGCCGUUUUUUUGUCUGAUUUUAAGACAUGUCUAGAGAUUAGAGAGAGAGAGAUAUGUAUAAAUGGGUAUGUUGUUUGAUUGUUCCAUUUUCAUUUUUAUUUUUAUUUUGCUUUGUUCGGUCUUUGGCGUUAGGUAUUAAAAGCAUCGUUAUGAGUGUAUUUGUAAUAAAGGCUCUGUUGCCGCAUGAGUACAAAGU